GUAUCACGGGAACAUGUUCGGGACAAUAUUCUUACUGCUUAAUGGACUUCUCCUACUUGUUCUCCUUUACUCCUCUCGCACAAGACAGAAAAAUGAGCCACCACUGGACAAAGGCUUCCUGCCAUGGCUGGGGCACGCCUUGGAGUUUGGGAAAGAUGCCGCAAAGUUUUUGACACGGAUGAAAGAGAAACAUGGGGAUAUAUUCACAGUCUGUGUUGCUGGUCAUUAUGUUACGGUACUGUUGGAUCCAAACUCCUAUGAUUCAGUGUUAUAUGACACAAAGUCGCUGGAUUUCACCCGCUACAAGAAUCAGAUUAUCAAAAGGGUCUUCAGUCUGCAGCUGCCCAACACCAGCUCUACAUCAGAGAGGGAAUGGAUGGAACGGCAUUUCCAUGGUCUGAAUCUUUCAAAGCUCAGCAGCUCCAUGAAAACCCACCUCCAGACACUGCUCAUGGAUGACCAGAAGGGCUGCAGUCCUUCAGAGUGGAAACAGGAUGGACUCUUCAGCCUCUGCUACAGCCUUCUCUUCAGGGCUGGGUAUCUCACAUUGUUUGAGAGGGGUGACGAUGCCACUGCUGUCUACACAGAGUUCCGCAAGUUUGAUGGUCUUCUUUCAAAAAUGGCACGCUGCACACUCAAGCGAGAGGAAAGCAGAAAAGCGAACUCAUCCCGGGAGCGACUAUGGGAGCUGCUGUCCACAACCUGGCUGAGGAGAGGGUCAGAGGUCGGCUGCUGGCAGCAGAGCUACCAGUGCUAUCUGCAGGAGGAGGGAGUGGAUGCCGAGAUGCAGAAGCGAGCUUUACUCUUACAGCUAUGGGCCACCCAGGGUAAUGCUGGACCUGCUGCCUUCUGGCUCCUUGGCUUCCUGCUCACUCACCCUGAGGCCAUGAAGGCUGUAAAGGCAGAGAUCAGAGGCCUCGCUCCACAGGACAGCUCCCUACAGCAACCCCCCCUCAACAAGCUGGAAACACACAGCACACCUGUGUUUGAUAGUGUUUUGAGUGAGACCCUACGGCUCACCGCUGCGGUAAUCAUCACCAGAGAGGUGGUGCAGGACAAGACCCUGCACAUGGCCAAUGGCCAGAAUUACCACCUCAGACGAGGCGACAGGGUUUGUCUGUUCCCAUUCCUCAGCCCUCAGAUGGACCCACAGAUACACCAGGAACCACAGAAAUUCAAAUUUGACCGCUUCCUAAAUGAUGACAUGACAGAGAAGAAUACAUUCUACAAGGAUGGAAAAAGGGUGAAGUACCACAGCAUGCCGUGGGGCGCAGGGACAAACGUUUGCGUUGGGAAAGAGUUUGCUAUUCGUGGCAUUAAACAGUUUGUGUUCCUGGUCCUUACCCAUCUUGAUCUGGAGAUAUGCGACCCUCAGGCUAAAGUUCCUCCAGUAAACCCCAGCCGCUAUGGAUUUGGGAUGCUCCAGCCUGAUGGAGACCUGCAGGUCCGCUACAGACUCAAGAGGACAUGGCACUAAGAUCUGUUUCAGCUCAAAUAACAGAUGUAGAUGUUUUUGUUUGUUUGUUU